AUGAAGCUUCUCCACGCAUCACUGUGUUUGAUCAGUCUUCUCCUAGUCCUACCUUCGAUCUUUGCUGCUUCUUCCUCUAAAGAUUUUGAUUUCUUCUACUUCGUCCAACAAUGGCCAGGAUCAUACUGUGAUACACAGAAAAGUUGUUGUUAUCCAACUUCAGGUAAACCAGCUGCUGAUUUUGGUAUUCAUGGUCUUUGGCCUAACUACGAAGAUGGAACUUAUCCAUCUAACUGUGACGCCACUAAGCCAUUCGAUUCAUCAACGAUAUCUGAUCUGAUCAGCUCAAUGAAGCAGAACUGGCCUACACUGGCUUGUCCGAGCGGUUCAGGAGAGGCUUUUUGGGAACACGAAUGGGAGAAGCACGGUACUUGCUCCGAAUCGGUUAUUGACCAACAUGAGUAUUUCCAAACCUCUCUUAAACUUAAACAAGAAACCGAUCUUCUUGGAGCUCUAACUAAAGCCGGGAUUAAUCCGGAUGGAAAUUCAUACAGUUUAGAGAGCAUUAAAGAAUCGAUCAAAGAGUCAACGGGUUUCACUCCUUGGAUUGAGUGUAACAGAGAUGGGUCUGGGAAUAGCCAAUUGUACCAAGUUUAUUUAUGUGUUGACCGGUCUGCUUCCGGUUUAAUUGAAUGCCCGGUUUUCCCCCAUGGAAAAUGUGGAGCCGAGAUUGAGUUCCCUUCUUUUUAAUAUCUAC